AUGGCGUCUAAACCACCCGAAGAAGACCUUGACGAGAAUAUUUCAGUCACUUCUACGGACGAUGGGGCUGGAGGUCCCGAAGAAGACUUCUUUGUCACCAAGAUACUGGCCGAGAGAGAAGUAAAUGGAGAACCUGUCUACCUGAUUGAGUGGCAAGACCUCCCUUUGGCAGAAGCAACAUGGGAGCCCAGAGAAAACUUAAGCGAUGCACUCAUGGCCGAGUGGGAGCAAGCCAAGGCAGACCAAAGAAAAGGAUUGGUACCACGGUUUAAGAUCCAAGAAUGGAAAAACGCUAACAUCCAACACUACGAGUCUCGACUUGCCCGACACCGUCUUCGUAACAUUGUGCGAGAAAGACGUGGCUUACCGCAGACUGCAUGGACAAGAACGUUAAAUCAUCUUCUGAGAGAUCUUGCCGAUUUUGCAAAUGACGAAGACGACCAAAAUGAUGAGGCUGAAACAAAUCUCACAACAAAAAGCCUGCCUCAAAGUCCUGCUAGUGAUAAUGCAUCUACUCCUAUGAAUCUUUUAGAGAGUAGAGUUUCGGAGCCUUCAGCGCAAACUAUAAUUAGCUCAUCUGAAAGGGUCUCCCAAGAAUAUUGCAUUGGAACAUCUGACGGGGGAGGAGGAAGAGAAGGAGUAGGAGGAGCAAGAGCAGGAGGAGGAACAGAAGGAGUUCUAAGUCUGGUGGAGAAGUCAGCUCUCGACCACCCCAGCGAUGAAAGACCGGUUUCAGAAGAUGUCGAAGUCACAAUACCAAAACCUCACAGAGAUUCUAUUCAACCUUCAAAAUUUUCUUGUGAGUUACCUAAAAGACCCUCUAUUCCAAGCCGGGCACCUGCAGGGGGAUCAGCAAAGUCAGCAGGAUACGCAAAUGUUUUCGCUGGCGGUCUUACUCGCAAAGGGAGAGGAACAUUGAGCGAAGCAGCGUCAAACCCAGAACAGAAUCCCAAGUUUUUGAAUUUACGCCUUACAAGGAAGAUAGAGUUGCAACGUCGGAAUAAAGAAGGGUUAAACCCUCCAGCUCAUCGGCCGUCUGCACUCAUCUCUCUUGAUCGCAAUAAUCCUCAAGCUACGAUAGGCGGGCAACAAACGACCAAGAAAGCCGCAGAUAAUGCCUCAACCAGCAAAAAUUCCAACGGCGAAAGCACCAGCCCCAAGAAAAAUGGCAUUGUUCAAUGGGAAGACGAGGCGAUGGAAAUGGAUCCAACUGAUAGUCUUUUUGUAUCUGAACAUUUGCCUCUAACACCUCGGGAUACAUCAAAUCAAGAAGCUAGAGAACCCGGAGCUGAGAAAGAGGAGGCGAACGAUCCGACAACAAUAAGCAAAACGGUACAAGUAGGCCCUGGCCAGCAAGAUACUGUUACUAUCUCAUUCGAAGGGGUGCCUUCUAGAGCGAGCUCCCCUUGGGCGACACAAUUUUGUUCCGAUGACCGUCUCAUCUUCACACAUACGUGCACUGCUCAGGCUUUUUCGUACCAGAUAAACAAGGGAGCUGAUUUAUCAAGGGCACAGCUAUGCAAAGGCACCGCUUUGUCAUUUACCGAGAAUAUCCGUCUCAGUAAUUUGGCAGACAAUCUGAGACUCGCGAAUCUUGGGUUGCUAUGUUCCAAUGAAAGAUAUUAUGUGGUUUUGUUUCCUAAUAGUCAAGCAACGCCAAAUUCCGACAAGAUAACUCUGGAGUAUACAAUUUUCGAACCACUCAGUUCCCUAGGAUCGUCGAUGCUAGCUCCCGCCCCACGACUGAGGAUGUCAAACAAGGAUAUCAUGAGCUCAGCAUCGUAUCCAAGGCCCUUGGAUCAUGUUUUUGGGGGGAAAUAUGAGCACUUGCUGCCCCCUGACGCGAGAAAUGCUCAAAAGCACAACUUUUUCUUGGCUUUUCCCCCUCGUGCUGAACAAGAGGCUGCUAUGUUAUCCUGGUGGCUGAGGAUUUAUGAUAGUAACAGCGAUGUUCGGACCAGUUUCAGCGCUGGCCAUUGGUCUAGCUUCUUAGAACUGCCUCAUGGUACUGUCAUUAUUCACGAAGACGGACUCUGGUUUAUACGGCUAUUUCCCAAGCUUCAUGGUCUACUGCAUGAGCGUAGGGCAAGCUUUAGUUUUUGGAUGUUUGGCCGUUCUCUGGCACCAGUCCCUUUAUUCGGUUCUGGCGACUUGACAGUCUCCCCCCUAGGUGAUGUUCAUCUUCAGCGUGUAUUCGAUCUUGGAGCCGCCUAUUUAAUUACUCCAAGCUUCCUCGUCUCCGAACCGGGGCAAGCGUAUACCUUCUUGAAAUGGUUCUGGAAUAUUCACGUCAAAAAUGACAUGAGACGACCUAGAAAGUUGGUUCUCUGCGCAAAAGUGGACGAAUGGAUGCACAACCUAAUCUACGAGAAGAUGCUACUGAGGCGCACACUACCAGUUACAGCUUCACAAGAGGAACUGGAAGCUGCUGGUAUAUCCGAUAAAGCAAUUGAAUGUCGAAACAAGUCUUUUAAACUUCUUCAGCAGCUUGUUUUUGAUGCCGUCUAUGAAAGAACUAACUACAUUGUUGCUGCUCCUGAAUCGAUUGAUGGCAACGAUGAACAGAGCUUGGUUAACUGGUUUGGAUACUGGUCUACUCUGAACAUAGACCAGUUCCGCAGAUAUUCCGUUGUAGGUUCCGACUCGCAGACUAAGGUACGCCUCUCGAGGAUCCUAAGAACACCAAAUUACUCAAAGUCUAUCAUAACCGAUCCGGACAGCGUAGAGUCAGAUCUUACAGACAGCCUUGACUCUACUUUAGCCACGUCUCCUUCGGCACAACGGCCGAAUCGAGAUGAUGAGAGCUCUCAGUUAGCAUUUGAAUUGGCCGAAAUAGAGAAGUCGCAAAGGGGUGAGUGGUGUCCCGUGAAGCUGUUCUGGUUUCCAGUGGGGUACUCUACGUCGAAUGUUUCGUUUUGGCUUGGGGACAUCGACCCAAAAUAUAAAAACUAUGAUGAGUGGUUCAAUCAUUUCUGGAGAACCUUUAACACGGCCAGGCAAAGCCGGAAUUCAUAUGCCGGAUUGUUCUACACUCUUGACGAACGCCAGGCGUCAUCAUCGCGCGGAGUACACAAUACCAAACGCUCGCCGUGGGCUGUUAUAUUCCGGGCUAUAAGUCCGCAUAUACGGCCAUGGAAAAAAUCUGAGAUGUUCAUCUGGGACAUACGUUAUUCAAAGAUGCUCAGUGAAGGUAAAAGCUUUUGCUACUCAGACCUUCUUGAAUCCCAACAGCAUUUGAUAAAGUACUUAGAAGAAAAAACAAAAGGUAUACUGGACCUUGAAAAAGUGUGGGUUGGUUCUUUUGGGGCUAGGGCUGGCUGUAGUGCUCUGGAUGUCACAAUGCGAUGGCUUGAUAGCUUGCUAGGGAAGGUUAGGGACUGGAUACCUGCACCAGCUAAGGAAGUUCCUCUUAGGGGCUGGAGCUUGGCCACUCGUGAGAAGUUAUCGGAAAACCAGAAGAGCGAUGGGGUCGCUAUGAAUGACGAUAUCACGAAGAUAAACUUGCCACUUCAAGAGGACACAUUAUCAACCCCAAAAAUAAUUUUCCAUCCACCCAGCGGCAACAACCAAAAGCCGUAUACAAGAUGCAGAAACCGAUUACACCAAUGGGCACGAGAAGCAGAUCCCAAGUUAGAAGGGACCAACUUUGAGUAUGUUUUUAGGCCGACGAUGGAUUGGUACAGCGAGCAGUGCGAAGAAGGACGAGGGUUUGAGCACAUCAAAGUUGUGCCUUGGGAAAGUUUUUUUAAACUGUACAAAAUUGAGGAGUUUUUGCACAAAAAGGGUUGA